UAUAAACUUAAGAGAACCUCAUAGUGAGCCCUCGUUUCAAUAUUCAACAAUCAAAUCUUCAUUCAAAUACAUCAAGACAUCGCCUAGUUCAAUAGCAUAUAUCACACAUCAUGGGGGGCUACCAGUCAGAGCGAGCACCUCCGCCAUAUCAAUCAUAUCAACCAUACCAACCCCAACAUCCCCAGCAUCCCCAGCAUCCUCAGUACCCCCAGUAUCCUCAGCAUCCUCAACACCCUCAGUAUCAGCAUCCUCAGCAUUCCCAUCACAUGUACGAAGAAGAAGAUGAGUGGGAAUUAGACGAGGCUCAAGAAGAGGUCCGCGCGUACCGUGACAGGGAAUAUGACGAAAUGCAACAGCAAUACCUAAAUAGGUCCUUGAUAAGACCAGGAAAUGCGGGAUAUGCUGGAUCGUCUCUACAAACAGCGCCGGGGCGACUUCAAUAUCCUGUUAUCAUACCCCAACGACGACCCAAGGCGCGCAGCCGUGGUUUCAUCAGAGCUUAUGCGCCCGAUUUAAUGCGUUGUGGGAUCGACCAGCCUACUUUCAUGGCCUUCCUCGAUGGUUUCGAUAGAGCAACAGCGGGAUCGCCGGUUGUAGGUGCUGUCCACCUAGCGGGAGAUUUAAUGGGCUUAGUCCCCUCCGCCAUAGUGCAACCCAUUGCACUAGGUGUACAGAUUACCGCUGGCGUCUAUCAGGAGAUUCAGGAUCGCAGACACCAAAACGCCUACAUAUCAAAAAUGAACGACGAGCUUUUCCGCCCACGAGGCUUGUACUGUCUGAUCAUGGCCUACAGCGUCAAUUUCGACAAGCCUACAAACCAGCGGGACUUCAACUCCAGCAUGAAUGCCCGAACUGAUUCGCGCAGCACAUACCGAAGCAACGAUGGUAUGAGCGGAGGGAUCGAAUUUCCAGUUUCAGCAGAACUAGUUUUUCCAGACCUCGAAGAUUCAUCCGACGAUGAGCAAGUGGAGCAGACGGGGCAAAAGCCCGAGAGCAGUAUGAUGGGCUCGUUAUCAAAGACGUUCGAAAACCUCAAGGAUAAAAGGGAUAUCAAGGCUCAGAGGAAAUAUGUCCGGAAGAAUCCCACCAGCGCGCUCAACUCUCUUAUGGGGCCUAAACUAGAACUUACGCCUAAGGACCUCAAAAAGCAGGCACGUAGACUUGAGAAGGAUGAACGUAAAGAAGAAAAACGAGAGAGAAAACUUGAGAAAAAAGCUCUUAAACAUCCUGAGAGGGCUCCGAAGGGUCCGAAGAAGCGAAAGAUACGACAGGAUAUUUUGUACAUGAUGAUUAUGAACACACCACCUAGAGAGGAGAUGGAGAAUGCGAUGAGAGAGGUUGGGCGGACUAACAUGCUGAUACAGAAGAGUCUUUGAAGAUAUUACUGUCGCUAUCUGCUAUAGCUAUCGGUCCGGGGGUUGUCACCCAGAGAGGUUGAAGUUACGCCAUAUAGCCUAACCAACACGCCUAUUAAUGGGCGGCAAUGCACUAUCAUUACAGGCGCCAUAGUGCUAAGCCUUAGCAGAAAUACAGCAAGUUAUAGCGUGAGCCUCCACAGAAUCGAGGCUAUUAGAUAGAUUUGAAUAUUCUAAAACUCCUCCACC